AUGGGUAUUGCACGGGGUGCUAAUCAUGUUCGACGUGGUCCACCGCCGGGUGGACCUCGCACAAUAAAAUUUGCGUUUGACGAAGAGGAAGAAGAGCCGAAAUCAGAACUUCGAUUUUUCUACAUUGUCAUUUUUGGAUUUCUGAUAUUGUUUGCUGAAAGUGGAGUACGAAUGGUAAGCCGAUUAUUUCCCAAUUUUUUUUUGCUUGUUCGAAUUAAUGUUCUCUGUCCUAAUCAACUGCUACUGAUUGUUGCAUAAUUUUUUGCAUCUGAAGGGGAAGAGGGAUGAUGUAAUACAAAAUUUUACUUUUUUUGAAGUUAGGAUAUCUCUAGAAUAAUAAACCCCCAAGGAUUGUAUUUUCGAAAGUUCUAGUCUCAUUAAAAAUUUUUUUUGGGAUUUUGCAAGCUCUAAAUUUUGGGAUGAAUUUUAUUUCUCACUUUUUAUUUGGAUGACUCAUUUUAGUUCUGACUUAAGGAAAUAUUCGACAUCGAGAAGCUGAAACGUUCUGAAACUUCUACGGUAGAUCAAAAAUAUUUUUCUCUGAACUUUUCAUUUCCACUAGAUUUUGUUCCAUUUAAAGAUUUGAGUCAGAUCUCCAGAAUUAUUCGGUAAUAUUUCCAAGUAAACUUGAUUUCGGGAAUUUCAAAAGGAAAAAGUUUUAUUGAUUUGAAAAAUUGAAUUUUGGAAAAUCUUUGGUAUUAAAAAAACUUUCAGGAAUUCAGAAGUUCAAAAUUGCCCAAUUUCCGGUCUCAUUCAAAUUAUUUCUAUUUGAUUUUUCAAAAAUUCUGAAAUUCAGAAUUGUAAAAAUUCCAUUUUCAAUCAAUAAUAGGCUUCAUCUUUUUUUCCAAUUCUCAAAACGCUGUAAAAGUACACUGCAUUUUGUUUUGCUUCUUAUUUUCUCAGAAAAAACAACAAGCAAAAAAUAAAACUUUACGAUUGACCUUUGCACACAUCUUAUAUUAUCAAGAAAUGUCAUAUUUUUGAAUAAUUUGUGAUCGAAUUUACACCUGUGAAGUUUGAUGAUGAUAAUUCCUAAAAUGUGACAAUUUUUUCCUCUCUUUUUGAAAAAACCUAUGAAAUUACACGUAUGAUAUGAGAUGAAGAAAAAAUGAUCUUUCCCAAAAAAACUCAUAAAAUAAUAGUACUUUGAUAUGUAUGUACAUAAUAUGUAUUAAAAUUUUUUUUAUAGGUGAUGAACAUUUUUGUUGAACCUGUCGAAACAACUUUCAAUUGUACAAAAGCUCAAGCAGAUUUGGCAAUUAUUUCAGUUCCAAUGUCUGCAAGUCUUUUGACGGGUUUGUUGAGGAAUUUUUCUGGAAAUUAAAAAGAUUUUGGAAUUUUCAGGGCCUUUGAUCUCAUGGUUUUAUAAAAAGUGUGGUGCAAGGAAGGCGAUUUUAACUGGAUCUGCUUUUUCAUUUCUUGGAAUGGUUUUGGGUCCACAAUGCCCUUCGAUUUAUUUAUUGAUGAUUUGUACUGGAUUUUUCGGUAAGUCAGUUUUGGAUUGGGGGCAAAAUGAGAGGUUUUCUGUGGAAAAGAAGGGUUUUUUCACUUGAAUAAUAAUUUUGGACAACUUUUUCAAGUUAAUUUUUUAUAUCCAAACUCAUUUUAAAAAAUUAUGCUCAUUUGAAAGAGUAUGUUCUGAUUAGUAGGAUUUUUUCUGAAAUUUUUUGAAAUAUUAGUUGAAAUUCUCAAAAUUUGAAAAAAACAGUGAAAGCCCGUGUAAAAUGGCUCGUAGUUUGGAGUUCUGUCAAAUUUUAUGAGAAUUUGUCUUGGGUUUUUUAUUCAGGAUAUAAAAUUUUUGAAUUGAAAUUAAUUAAAAUAAAUCGAUUUUUAUGUCAGAGCCCACCUCUAACUUUGAAACCUUUUUAUUUCUGAAUAACCUGAGCCUAUAUAUCAUAAGUUUAAAAAAAAAUUCAGGUUUUGGAUGUGGAAUAAUGCGAAAUUCAAUCAUCUCCGUGCAAUGCGAAUAUUUCAAAAAGAAAAUGAAUCGAGCCCUUGGUAUUAUUAUGAUUGGUCCUGCUGUUGGUAUUUUCAUUUUGCCACGAAUUUUCAAACUGAUAAAUACUAAUGUGAGUUUCAGUUUUUUGCAAUUUUAUGAUUAUUAUUCAAUAAUUACAGUAUGGCUGGGAAUUUUCCUGGUACCUGAUAGCGAUAUUUUACGUCUUCUGUGCUAUUAUGGGAUUUUUUGUUACCAAAAUGCCGACUGAUCGGGGAUCUUCUUCACCGGAUUGUAUGUACGGACUUAAGGUAACUUGGGAAUUCACAUUCACAUUCACUCAUCACGUUUAUUCAGAUUUUCAAAAAAACUGAAGUUAUCCUAUUUUUAUUGUCAGUCUUCUUGGCGUCGUCAGUCAAUUUCAUUUAUUAUACAAAUAUUUUGAAAUUGAUGAAAAUUGAGAAUAUUGAAGAGUAAGUUUUAAUCAAAAUUAAUCAAAAAACCUGAAAAAAAAUGUUUUUCCAGAAAAGAAGAAGUUUAUAGUUGGCAAGGUAUUGCGAGUGUUGUUGGAAGAAUUGCGAUUGUUUGCUUGAUUGGAUCGGAAUGGGUGGGUUGGAUGUUUGGAGUUCAGAAUUCAGCUGAUCUGAGUCUCUAGAUUCAGAUGAUUUCUUACAGAUUCAUAUCGGAUUAAUGAUGUUCUUCGCAUAUCUUUUGGCUCAAUCAGCAUUGGCUGCACCAUAUUUCUGUUAUUCAUUGUUGAGUUUCAGAAUUCAGAACUUCUUAGCUGGAUUUGGAAUAUGUUAGUUUCCCAAAAUCCAAAAAAAAUUAUUUGAAAACAAAAUAAAUUUUCAGCGUUUUAUCAAGUUUGUAUGGCUCCUUUCCUUGUGGCUCUCGUUGGACCUUCCCAAUUAUCAUAUGCUUAUGGAUAUACAAAUUUAUUGAACGGCUUGGCUAUUUUUGUUGGAGUUUUCAUUACAAGUAAGAAAAUCAACUCUGAAAAAAAUUACAAAAUCACAAAACAUGUUUCCAGCAAUCGUGUAUACACAAGAUUCUGAAGAGCCAAAUCGUCUCUCAUUUUUCGUGUCAGUUUGGAUGGCUCUUGGUGCAAUUAUUCUCUCGAUGUUGUCAUCGGCGGUUCUUUGGAGAAGAGAGAAACAUAAGAGAAAACCAUCAAUGAAACAAAUGAAACACACGCCGGAAUUGAAUGCCUUGACAGCGAUGACAACUGCAGAAGCUACGUAG